UCCCACGGAAAUUGCCCAGUUGCAGAGGUAUCACCGACAGGUUGUAUUAUACUGGAGCAGAGAUAUAGUAAAAAUCAUGUUGAUGAGAAACCAAGAACUCAAAACUUCGGCUUGCUGCAUUCUCAUCUUCACUAUCAUCGUAGCUAAUAGCGCAACCGGAGCUGCAUUGGAAGGGCAAGUUGAAGAUCGAUCAACAGAUGAGAUGAAAGAUUGGCGUCAGCCUUUACCGACAGUUAAACGGUCAGUUGCUUUGCUUAACAAACUCGUGAUGGUUGCUCAGCGUGCAAACAACUACAAGUCACGACAUCAACAGCAAUAUCCGCUGAGUGUGCAUCAAUCGAGUCAAUCAAAGGAUUUUAAUGAGAUAACUCAACACCGAGAAGCCGACCAAUUAUCGAAACACUCAGCUGAAAGCACAAAUGACGACCCGUUUACCCAACAGAAGGCUUUUGCGCUGCCUCGCAUGGCAUUUGAACGGCGUGGGCAAUCGUCACAGCGAGUCUUCUGGCGAUGCUACUUCAACGCUGUUUCCUGCUUCCGCUAAUAUUUCUGCAAAUAAUAAUUCCUGCUUCUAUCUGAAAAAAACGCAAAAUGCGAACAAAAACAUAUGAUUAACAAAGACAUACCUUCGACAAAUAAACGUUACAAGUCCUGUUCCCCCCAAGGCCGGUAUUGCGAACUGUUUACCUGUUGGCACCUUCAUAACGUCCUUUUAGAACUAUUUUCGUGAUUUUUUGAAAACGGAUGUACCAGCAUAACAAUUGUAUU